AGGCUCGCAGUAGCGGUGACGUUCUUGCCGAGCUCAGCGGCUCUCAUUUGGGUUUUGGGCUUCUCGCAGCCUAUCCUCCCUCUCGCCCUAUUAUCCAAACGCGAGGUCUCUCUCAGGUUGCCUGCCCAUCGACAUCUCGCUCUCUUUCAGAGAUACUAAGUGAGUUACAAUGGCUUUCGUAAUGGCUCGUGAGUGGCUUGGAAUCCGGCAGUUCCCGCCUGCUACGCAGACGAGAUUGAUUGAAUUGCUCGGGAAGUUGAAGCAAGAGAAUGUGAGCACGUUGACGAUUCUAGUGAUGGGAAAAGGAGGUAUGGGGAAGUCGUCCACCGUUAAUUCCAUUUUAGGGGAGCGGGUUGCUUCAGUCAGUGCCUUCCAGUCAGAAGGGCUGAGGCCGAUUAUGUGUUCAAGAACACAGGCAGGAUUCACUUUGAACAUUAUUGACACUCCAGGUAUUGUUGAAGGAGGAUAUGUGAAUGAACAGGCCAUUGGAAUCAUAAAGAGGUUUCUUCUGAACAAGACCAUUGAUGUACUUCUUUAUGUGGACCGACUAGAUGCAUAUAGAAUGGAUACCUUGGACAAACAGGUUGUGAAAGCCAUUACAGAUACUUUUGGCAAAACAAUAUGGCGAAGGAGUUUGGUUGUGCUAACUCAUGCUCAACUAUCUCCACCAGAUGGAUUAAAUUAUGAUGACUUUGUUGCCCGACGCUCAGAAGCCCUUCUAACGUAUGUUCGUUUGGGUGGUCGACUUUCGAAAGCGGAGUUUCAGAAAAAUAGUAUUCCAGUGGUCUUGGUUGAGAACAGUGGCAGAUGCAAGACUAAUGAUAGCGGGGAGAAGAUUCUUCCAAAUGGUAUUGCAUGGAUCCCAAACUUGGUGGAAACAAUCAUCAAUGUGGUAACGAGUGGCGGCCAAUCCAUCACUGUGGAUCAGAAGUUGAUAGAAGGGCCAAAUCCAAACAACAGGGGAAAGCUGUUUAUACCCCUUAUCCUUGCCUUUCAGUACCUAUUCGUUGUAAAGACCAUCCAACGUUCAAUCCAAGAGGAUGUCAGAAAAGAAAACAAAUCUCUUUGGGAGCUUCGUGAUAUUGGGGGUGGCUGACAGAAAAAUCUGAUCACUUUCUGGUGUUUUAUUGAAUGUUUUCCAGUUUUCUAGAGUUCAGUUCUUUUAAUGCUGGCAACUUUCAUGGCAUUCGGAUUCAGAGCAGCUUGCUUUAUUAUUUUUUUUAGCAUUCUAUGAUGAAUUAGAGAUACUCCCUAUGUUGAUGCUGUUUACUUGAGAACUUUUGUAUAAGAUCUUUAUGAAAAUUUUCGUUUUAUAUGAAUUUUCUCUCACAACA